AUGGACGUAGAGUAUUUUGGCUCGGAAUCCAUUGAGUUUCCAGGAGAUAGAGAGCAAUUGUGGAGGGAUUUGAUGUUGCAAGCUGAUUCCAUGACUGAGCCAUGGAUAAUUAGUGGUGACUUCAACUGUGUGCUAAACAAGGAUGAAAGAUUGGGUGCUCUUGUUAGAGAUGGUGAGAUGGAGGUGUUUAGAAGAUGUGUUACUCAUUGUGGGCUAGAAGAUAUAAAAUCAAAUGGAUGUUACUACACUUGGAACAACAAGCAACAAGGUAGUGACAAAGUUUUUUCAAAGUUGGACAGUAUGAUGGGGAAUGAGAAAUGGAGGGAUAAGUUCAGUACUGCAGAGGCCAUGUUUAUGAAUGAAGGCUUAUUUAACCACACCCCUAUACUGAUUAGGGUUCAUGAGGGAGUUAGCAAUAUAAAAACUCCUUUCAAAUACUUUCACAUGUGGAGUAUGGGAGAAGACUUUCUGAGUAAGAUCCAUAAUAGUUGGAGUGUUCAUGUCAGAGGGUGUGCCAUGUUCAAAUUCACUCACAAACUGAAACAGAUGAAAAAAAUGCUAAAGGAGAUGAAUAAGCAAGGAUUUUCUCAGAUACGUAUUGAAGAUACAAAAGCUAGUUUUGCCUUGCACGAAGCACAAAAGAAUUUUCAUUUGGGUUCUACCAGCAUUCAAGCUAGAGAAAGAGAACAACUUGCUGCAAAGGAGUAUCAAAGGGUUCAUACUAAGUAUGUCUCUUUUCUGCAGCAAAAGAGUAAACUAGCAUGGAUUAAAUCAGGUGAUGAGAACUCAAAGGUGUUUCACUCUGCCAUAAAAGCUAGAAGGCUUCAAAUUACUAUAUAUGGUGUAGCUGACAUGGAGGGUAGAUGGGUGGAAGGCAAUGAGGAGAAUGCAAUCUUGUCUAUUCUUGGUGAUAAAUCACCAUGCGCUGAUGGUUUUGGUUCAGCAUUUUACAAGGAUGCCUGGAGUGUCGUAGGUGAAGAAUGCACAAAAGCUGUCUUGGACUUUUUUCAAUCAAGAAAGAUACUGAAAGAAAUAGACCACACAAUACUGGCCUUGAUUCCAAAGGUCAAAUACCCAGGCUUUGAACAUUCCUUCCAGGUUUGUGGAGAUGAUUAUGGAAUGUGUGAAAACUCCAAGCUUCUCUUUGAUGAUCAAUGGGGCUAUGGUGGGCUUUUUCAAAGGGAAGAAGGGUCUUAA